GCACCGGGCGGCACCCAUUCGGUCCAGAUCAGCGCGCAGAAUGGCUCGCUCCGUGGUCGUGGUCUUUCUGAUACUUGGCUCUUUAGCCUGCUUGGAUGCCAUCCAGCGUCCCCCACAAGUUCAAGUGUACACACGGUACCAGGUAGAGAACGGGAAAGAAAACUACCUGAACUGCUACGUGUCACAGUUUCAUCCGCCCCAGAUUGAAAUUGAGCUGCUGAAGAACGGGGAGAAGAUGGACAAGGUCGAGCUGUCAGAUCUGUCCUUCAACAAGGACUGGUCUUUCUAUCUCCUGGCUCACGCUGUGUUCACACCCAAUGGGAAGGACAAAUAUGCCUGCAGAGUUACACACACCACUCUGAAGGAACCCAAGGUCGUCAACUGGGAUCCAGACAUGUAAUCAAGCAUCAUGGAGAUCUGAAGAUGCUUCAUUUGGACCAGUUUAAUUCUAAAGUAUUUCUCAGUUUUUAAUAUGCUGUACAAUGUAUGCAUGCAGUGGGGAAUACUAAUGACACAUUAUCUUUAUAACUUACUUUGAACUCUGCACGUUUUCCAAAAAAUUGAAGACUAACAUCUUAGAUAUUGGAAAUAUAAAGCAUAAAUGAGUAUUUUGAUCAGAAAUAAACCAUUUUGAUAAUUUUAAAGAAAAAUAUCUGCUAGUAAAUAUAAUUAAAAACAAUAGUUGAUCAUAUAUCAAACCUUUUGUACAUCUUAUUAGUUGGAUGCAAUUAUUCAUCCUUGGUCUAUCACAACAUAAAUCAGUUUUUAAAAAUCUAAGAAACCUGAGAUGUUUUUCUUUUGGUAAACACACAGACCUGACUAAAGUCUGCCAUUGUGUUUAGCAAUCCUCUCUCCCAACCCCAUGGGUUACUUCCUCUUUGUUAUUUUUACUCCAAAAUAAAGGAGAAAAAAAAAAGGACUUUUGCUAGACAUUGUUAGAGUGUUAAGUGGAGUGGUUUCUAGGUAGCCUUAAAUGUCUGCUGUGUGCGUGUGGCUUUUUAUCACCUGGAGAGCCAGAGAGUGUCUGAAGAGGGUCUCACAGAAGCAGGUCCUGAACUAGGGGUCUAGAGGAACAUAACUAAGACUCCAAAGCAAACCAAUAGGAGAGGUUGGUGACAGGGACUAGGGAGAAAUUGAGGGAGUAGGGAUUUCAGAAGUGCCGCUCUCACAGGGAGCGCUAGAGCGAAAAUUGCACCUUAAAGUUUGUCUUGGCAAUGUGGACUAGCCUUUGCUGGUUCUACAGGGCUAUGUGAUAGAACGAAAGCCAGAUACGUUGGUGUGCAGGUACUGGCAUGCAGAAACCGAAAACUGGCUCUUCCUGCCGGAUGUAGGCGGGGCGUCAGCGGCUGCUGGUUUCCUGUGAACUCUGUUGGGCCUUCAGCACACUCAGUCUGAAAGUGGCACUACCAGUUCAGUUUCUUAGGGCUAAUGUCAAACUGAGGCUAAUCAAUUUAGAACUAAGUUUGAAUCCUAAUACAAAAGUUACUAUGAAAUUCUGAUACAGUUUAGCUGUAUCCCCUCAAAGUCCCUUUGUGGCUGGCCCUUUAAGAGAUGGGGUCUGGUGGGAGGUCCUGUGGUGCUCCCAGAGGAUGGAGAUCUUCCUGAGCUCUGAAAAGGCUGUUAGAAAGGCAGCAGACCUGGCCCCUUCUGUCCCUUCUGCUGGUCUGACGUAAUCACUUGCUCACUCCCAUCUUUCCCAUUGCUGUUGGUAUGAAGGAGGAGGAACCUUUGGCACAGAGUCUGUACUAAUUGUUUAAUUUUGAAAUUUCAAAACUGUAAGUUAAAUAAAUCUUAUUAAGUAGCU